AUGGUUAUUGAGGGAGAUUAUAAGCAUAGUUGUGUUUCUCUUUCUAUUCGUCCCCCAAAGACCAGUCGUACAUUGCCGGCAGAACAACCUGAUCUACCACCAUCGACGCCGUCAUUCUCACCCAUGGUUCACUCAGUCUCAAUGCAAGCACCGUUAUCUCAAAGCACCCCAGCACAACUUCCCCUUCGACGCUCACCCACACCCCCUUCAUACGUUCCAUCUUUCAUGCUGGAGGCCCCGAGUUCAUCCUCGGUUACGUUCCAGCAAGAAGGUGUCCCGUUUCACCCUCCAAAUCAUGCUCGUCGUAACCGAAAAUUACGGGUGCUGGGUGAGGGAAAAAGCGAAACCAUCCCGGCUCCGUUCCCGUGGGCCACGACGCAUCGAGCCACUGUGCAUAGCCUGAAUCACUUGCUAUCCAAUCAAAUUUAUACUAUUUCUGGGGACGUCCAAUGCAAGCGGUGCCAUCACAAGUAUGAGAUGGAGUAUAAUCUGAUGGAAAAGUUUGUCGAAGUUGGUAGUCUUAUCGCGGCGAAGAAGAGCGCCAUGCAUGAUCGGGCUCCGAGUUUCUGGACGAAUCCGGUUCUUCCAACUUGCAAAUCCUGUGGGAAAGAAAACAGUGCCAAACCCAUUAUUAUAAAGAAGAAGAAGGCGAUCAACUGGUUGUUUUUGCUUCUGGGACAAAUGCUCGGGUGCUGCACCCUCGAUCAGUUGAAAUAUUUCUGCAAGCACACCAAGAAUCAUAGGACGGGUGCCAAGAAUCGAGUUCUUUAUCUCACUUACCUUGGAUUAUGUAAACAACUCGAUCCCGAUGGACCUUUUGAUCCAUAA